AUGUUUGACAAGCAUCCGUUUGCAAUAAUUACGGAUCAAGAUAAAGCUAUUGUGAAUGCCAUCAAAAAAGAAUUUCCAAACACUCGACAUCGUUAUUGUUCAUGGCACAUCAACAAACAUGAGCUUGAACAUCUUCCAUCCCUUAAAGCCCGUUAUCCCGGUAUUGAAGAAUUUUAUAGAGAAUGGGUAAAGAAUGACACUGUUGAAGAGUUUGAAACUAGGUGGAAAGUUAUGAGUUGUCAAUAUAAGUUUGAAAGUAGAAGUUGGAUAAUGGAUAUGUAUACACAACGUCAUCAUUGGGCCGAAGUCUUUUUAAAAGAUUGUUUUUUUGCUGGUAUGACAACUAGUGGGAGAAGCGACAGUAUUCAUUCUUUUUUUGAUGGAUAUGUUACUUCAAAUACCAUGUUGAAUGAGUUUGUAGUCCAGUAUGACAACGCUGUUAAGAGUCGAAGAAAGGCCGAAGAAGAUGAAGAUUUCAGGACCAUAAACUCUAGGCCAGUUCUGUCAUCUCUAAAUCCAAUAGAAGCAAAAGCAGGCACACGCUAUACUAGUAAUAUAUUUGAAGAUUUUCAAAAAGAAUGGAUACAAGCGACUAACAAUUUAACUCAUGAAACUUUGACUAAAAAUGUUGAAGAGAUCAUAUAUAAGGUUGGCCAACUGGAUAUUGAGAAAAGGUGGACACUUGAUACCAGGUACAAGGAGGAUAGUUGUAGCAUCAGAAUGGAAGAUAUAGAUGGGGAAAGUGCAGUUAGCGCCUUAACGUUAUGGCGGAUGAUGCAUUGCUACAAAAAAAGGGAAGGAUGGCAUGCUAAUGAGCUUGGAGCAGUUUUUAAAGAUCACACUUUAUGGCGCUUCAGUAGUUUUUAA